AUGGAAAGCUUGCUCAAUAAAAUAUUAGUUAAGAUUGAGAUUGACAAACUGCCGGUCGAAUUGGUGGAACAAGUUGCUUGCACGAUGGACAAGAAGAGUCUCACCAACUUUGUGAAAGUCUGUAGAGAAAUCCGCGUCAUUGCCGAGCCAUGUCUAUACAAGACAAUCAGCUUGACCCCCUCAGCGACUGCCUAUCGUGAGGUAUUGAAGUUGUUGGGAUCCAUUCGUGAACGGCCCCGUAUUGUUUCACGCACCGAAACACUCAAGAUAGCCGAGCCAGAGAGAGACACUAGUGAUGUGAUGGAGCUCGUUCAAAUCGCCGGAUUGAGCACACAACCAACUGCGAAUCAGAGCAUCUCAUACCUGCUAUCCAAAUUGCCCAAUCUCCGCUCUUUUAGCCUUCACGCUUUCAACAUAAACAGUGUGGACAACGAACCUCUCAACUUUUCGUCCUCAAAGAGGCUCGUAACGCUUCAGUUGCCGGCGCAUUGUCUGCUCAUAACGCUUCAGUUGCCGGCGCAUUGUCUGCUCAUCUGCUUAUCUCCAACGCCAGUCUUGCCUUCAACACUGGAGCGCCUCGAUGUGAACGAGGUUGAUUGGGUUGACGGGGAACGUUUGUCGGAAUUGCUGAUCGAAUAUGUCAAGCGGAAGCCCGUCGAGGGAGCAGAUGCAUGGGCAUUGAAAUCCAUCUCCAUGGACGCGAAGCGCACUUACUGGAGGUCCAAAGAGGACAAGAUGAGGGCCAUCUGCAAUGGCAAAGGUGUGAAGCUGGAGCUGAGUGAAUUGUACCCAGGUCGUGAUCCUUGGGGGUAUUAA